GUGAACAAGGGGAACAUACUAGUGUGCUCAUUUGGAAUUGGUUGUUCAUCAUUCCUAUCCUAAUCCUGUCUAUCACUGAUACUAGGCCUUCCGAGUGGAGUAGCUAGUAGCAUUCCAUUUCAACUUCCAGUUUCGAAAUUUGAUUUUCGAUGGACGUGUUCCACUUCCACCAGUCGAACCUUUGCUCUCUCAGGCCAAGCCCAAGGAAGAGGCCUAGCUCCUCUUAUCUCCAUCACGGAAAGCCUCUUCCUAAUCUCAGCACUAUAUCCAUACCCCAAAUCCCAAUUCACAGCCUCACAUCCAAACCACCCCGCCGCUUCCAUAUCCGAAACGAGGCUGUUGAAAAAUGGGUUGGGCCUUUUGGUUCAGCAUUUCCAGGUGGUUGUUGUAGUUGGUGGAGUUUAAGUGAGCAUGAUAAGGAAGAGCAAAGCUGCACGGUGGCGAAGCCCAUUACGCUACUGCACGCUCUUCGUCGAAUGUGGGAUUUGGUGGAGAGUCAUGGAUCAAGAUGGGUUAUCUUUGUCGCGUUUACUUCUUUGAUUAUUGCUGCGCUUUCUGAGAUUUCUAUACCAAGUAUAUUGGCGGAAUCCAUAUUUGCUGCUCAGAGUGGUGAUGCUGUGGUUUUCUCUAGGAACUCAAAAAUUUUAGCUUUUUUGUGUAUCACUUCAGGGAUAUGCAGCGGCUUGCGAAGUGGUUGUUUUGGGAUUGCAAACAUUAUUUUGAUGAAGCGUCUCAGGGAAACUCUUUACUCAGUUCUUCUUUUCCAGGAUAUAUCCUUUUUCGACAGAGAAGCAGUUGGUGAUUUGACAAGCAGACUUGGGGCAGAUUGUCAACGAUUAUCUCUUGUUAUUGCGAAUGAUAUUAGUUUGAUCUUACGCAAUGUUCAUCAGGGGAUAGGUGCACUGAUCAAUUUGCUGAUAUUAUCUCGGCCUCUCGCAUUAUCAACAUUGUUUAUCUGCUGUGUGUUAUCUAUGAUUUUUCUUCUUUAUGGACAGUACCAAAAGAAAGCUGCAAAGUUAGUCCAAGACUUCAGUGCUGGUGCCAAUGAAGCUGCGCAAGAAACAUUUUCCUUGAUGAGAACUGUCAGAGUUUAUGGAACUGAAAGAAAAGAAUUUGGAAGGUUCAAGCAAUGGCUAGACAAAGUUGCUUUUGUAAACAUUCGAGAGAGUGUGGCUUAUGGAUUCUGGUGUGUGAGUUUCAGUACUCUUUAUCGUUCUACGCAGAUUAUUGCAGUGGUGUUGGGAGGAAUUUCAAUUAUGAGUGGUCAUGUAUCAGCUGAGCAACUAACUAAGUAUGUACUGUAUUGUGAGUGGUUAAUUUACGCAACUUGGAGGGUCACAGACAAUGUAUCAUCAAUGAUGCAGUCUGUUGGAGCAAGUGAAAAGGUUCUUCAGUUAAUGGCCUUGUUGCCCAGCGACCAAGUCUUAUCAAAAGGUGUGAAGUUGCAGAGGGUAAUGGGACAUAUUCAGUUUGAGAAUGUUUCUUUUCGCUAUCCUUCAAGGGCAAAAACCCCCAUACUAGAUGACAUAAAUGUUUCCGUACAAGCACAUGAAGUGGUUGCAAUUGUUGGUCUGAGUGGUAGUGGGAAAAGCACAUUGGUGAAUCUUUUGCUUCGUCUUUAUGAACCAAUUACUGGUCAGAUUUACAUUGAUGGUUUCCCUCUCAGAGAAUUGGAUAUCAGGUGGUUGAGAGGAAAAAUUGGAUUUGUUCCACAGGAACCUCAUAUAUUUCAUAUGAGCAUAAAGUCAAACAUAGAAUACGGUUGCUCUAAAGAUAUUAAAAAAGAAGAUGUAGAAUGCGCUGCAAAGCAGGCCUACGCUCAUGAUUUCAUCUCCUCUCUUCCUGACGGCUAUGAAACCGUCGUUGACGAUAAUUUACUCAGCGGGGGACAAAAGCAGCGAAUCGCUGUUGCCAGGGCCAUUCUUAGAGACCCAGCUAUAUUGAUCCUUGACGAAGCCACCAGUGCUCUAGAUUCUGAAACCGAGCACUAUGUUAAGGGGGUUAUUCAUGCAUUAAGAAGUGACAUGAAAGCAAAAAGAACUGUCAUUGUCAUAGCACACAGGCUGUCAACCAUAAAAGCUGCUGACAGAAUCAUUGUAAUGGAUGGUGGUCGAAUCACUGAGAUGGGUAAUCACACAGAGCUCCUCGAGGAGGAUGGAUUAUAUGCAAAUUUGGUUGGAGCUCAAACAGAUACUUUGGCUUGACCCAGCAAUAUGAUUCAGAUGUUCUUUUGAAAACACUAGUGAUAUAGCGUUCAUCCCAUUUUUCUCCCCAUAAGGCUCAAUUUUGGAUUUCUCAAUUGUGUAGUAGACUGGGCCUGGGCCUAUAUAUAUAUUUUUGGGAGAUUCACUAUUAUAUUCAAUA